AUGGAUGAGCGUUGGGGAAGAAAGCAGCCGGACUCAACGGUCCAAACCGUUGACGAAACUGCCUUGAAAUACUAUAGAGAAGACUCUGUAUUAAAGCCCGCCUCUGUUCAUGUCCAUACCGACGACUGGCCCUGUUUUCUACUUACCAGCGCUACGAUAUUCCACAAGGAUGGCACCUUGGCAAACCUGCUGCAUGUUGAUUUGGAAGGUCCCUUGAUUGUUCGUGGAAAGCUCGAAAUCGAAAAGGAUCAGGAAAGAUACCUUAUCAAUCGACACAUGAAGAACCGUUCACCAUAUAUCCAACUUCAGGAUACAUUUUCCUUUUCGAUCGGCCUUAAAGCAGAUAGGCCUCCCAUGCCGGUUCUGUGGGCUAGUGGCGUAGCAGGUUGGUAUGAGAUUGUUCCGUCUGAUUCGUAUAAGGACAUAUGCAACAUCAUGUUUCAGGGCAUUUCUCUUCACUAUGCGAUACUAGAUCAGUAUGAAGCUGCACUAGAGAAGCUUCAAAAGACAAAGAAGAAUAGGAAUAAGACACUUAGUGACGUCAAGUUGGUCUUGGACGACGUUCUCAUUAAGUAUGCAGUGAACGUCGGCGAUGGUAUCACGUCUGCCGAGGCCUCGCAACGAAUCAAAGAUCAGGCUAUUUUCUUACUUAGUCAUUUUCCUAAGGACACUGAAUUCCAUCGUACCUUGGCAGAAAAAUACCCUGAUAUUGUGCAACAACUUGCUGCAAAGGAGUCCAAUGAUGCUAGGGCAGCUACUAGCUCAGAACCUAGCACCCUAGUCGCAGUUCCCUAUCAAGAUCAAGAUCAAGAGAAUUCUAGUUCUCUGGAAGUCACCAACAGUAAGAUAACCGAUAGCGAGGCUUUCGAACGUCAAGUGGCUGAGACAAUAGAGGCUUCGAAACGUCUAUCAGUACAGCCUACUGCGGUCAGACGGGAGCUACCUGUGAAUACCCUACCUGAGCCUGCCAAUAAUUCUGACCCUGAUUUAAUUGUGGUUGGGUUCCGCACCAAAUACAACCGGCCAAGAGAAUACCAUAACUUGGACAAACAACUCGACCCACGCUCAUUUGGGGAACCCAGUGCAGCAGUAUCUGCAAUCAUUGGAGUCUUGCAAGAUUGCAGGCAGAACUUACUAUCAGGUGAUAAGACAAAGCACCCCGAUGUGGCGACUGCCAGCUUCUGGCACCAUAAACUUUAUCGUGAAUUAAGUGUCCAAAAGCCUCGUGCACUAGCUCAGGUUUGCAUUUACCACGCCCGGGAUCUUUUGCGUUUCCUUGGACCAGAGUGGCACUCCAGCGUAUUUUACACGUGGCUGGAGGAAAACGUUGACGUAGCACCUAAGUUCGACGAUUUAUCUGAAGAGCGGAUGAAAAAUAUUGUCAGACGCAAGAAGAAAAAUCAACCUUCCCACACCAAUCAAUCUUCCCACACCAAUCAAUCUUCUCACAACAAUCAAUCUUCUUACGAGGACCAACGUCACGAAGAUCAACCUUACGAAGAUCGACCUUACGCAAACCAAUCUUCUGUCCUAAACCAACCAUCGCAAGCAACUUCAUCUUCCUACUCAGGUCGUAUUCCUCGCGCAACUCGUCCUUCUUACUUGGAUCAACCCUCCAACGAGCUUCUAGACGCCAUGGAGUAUCAGGAGGAGCAGGAGUAUCAGGAGGAGCAGGAGUAUCAGGAGGAGCAGGAGUAUCAGGAGGAGCAGGAGUAUCAGGAGGAGCAGGAGUAUCAGGAGGAGCAGGAGUAUCAGGAGGAGCAGGAGUAUCAGGAGGAGCAGGACCAAGGACAACAACCCCCCAAUAGGGCUCGCACCGGCGGUAAGGUAGCAGGCCUGCGUCCUUCUAUUGGAGGCAAGAAACGACUACUACAGGAUUUCGGCCUUGGCGAUGAAAUGGAUAUUGACGAGGAUCAGGAUGUGCCGCAGAAGAAUGCAUCUAAGAAGUCACGUUAUUCUUCUAUGGGGGACAACCACGAUGAGCACGACAAGGAACGUGCGGCAACUACUUCAUCAGGCAACGAAUACAACGCAGAAGAUGAAGAUGCUUUGGCUGCCGGCACAGGUGACCAUCCAACCAAGCCUCUGAAGCCCAAUAGAAAUGGUGUGGACGAUGCAUGGUAUUGCGAAAUGCGUGGCUGCGACUUUAUCGUUCACGCUGACAACGAAGAAGAGGCGGAAGCCCUUAUCAUGCCCCAUUAUGAAUUGCAUCAUAAGGAUGCUCGAACCAAGAUAUACGCAGCUAAGAGGUCGUAUAUUCAGAACGUAAUCCUCGAGGAGUCCUACAUAGCAGGUGGUGCCCCCGUCGGCAAUUUACUUGACAAGCUCAGCGGAUGGUCUGCCAAUCGAGUGAGACUCGACGAAGAAAGAUGCAAGAAGAGACUAGAGGCAGAGCGUCGAAUUCGCAGGUCGAAGCCUCAAGGACAGAAGUCGCAACUUGAAGGCCAGGCAACACAGCUUCAAGGUCAGGAGAUGCAAUUUCAUAACCAGGAGAUGCAAUUUGAUACCGAGGCAGUGCCGAAGCCUAAGGAGCGCGACACCCUACAAUAG